AUGGCGCCCAAGCGUGCUCAAGACGCAGAAUCGCCCAAUACGCCGGAUAUGAACCCAGUGAAACGCCCCAAAGCAAGUAGAGCGUGUGCUACAUGCCGAAAAACAAAAAGUCGCUGCGAGCUGCUUGAUGUAGCCCCUGGUCCCAACGGACGGCUACAAUGCCACCGCUGUAAAGUCUUGGAUAUCGAAUGCUCGUUCCAUAACUCAGACAUAAUCAUCGUCGCGAGGCACAACGAAGCUAGCACUUCUGGUCACACCGGGCCAAAUACACAAGGUCAACAGCAACCAACGCCCUCUUCGCCCUCAACGGAACAAUUUGGCGUGCAGAAAGAUUUCACGUCAAAUAAUGAAUUCGAACUACCAGAAGAGGGCGCUGAUGUUCUAGAUGCCGAGACCUACGUCUUGGGUCCUUGGCGAGUACUCGGGAUUGCGGACGACGCUUACUGGACGAGAGAACCUAUACUAGCGGUUCGAGGAAUCCUGCCGCCACUCCCUACACGUGAACCCAACGGUCUAAUAAAUCACCAAGACGAAAGCCUGACAUCUAUCCUCUCUCAUGGACGAAUUCGUUACCUUAUAGAUAUCUUCGAGACGCGAUAUAGACCGUGGAUGAGCCUGCCACCGGCCAAUGUGAACGACACAGCUUUAGACCUCGUUCGUUGCACGAUUGCUGCGAGACACCUUGACUCUACGACGAGAUCCAAAGUCGCCCCCCGCCUUCAAGCGUUGGUUGAGAGCUCCCUGCUUCAACCAGGAUAUCCUCACACAAAUACCAUCGAGUUCAUGGAAGCGCUACUUAUUCUGGCUCUAUGGACUCCUAUAUGCGGAUCUGGCUAUGCUAUCGAACGAGACAGUCGUCUGUUGGCAUCGUCUGCAAUGCAAAUCGCGAUCAGCCUGGGGCUGAAUCAAUACGACAACAUCCAAGUACUCCAGCAACGUAAACCGGAUACACCAAACGAUCCUGACCCCGAGGUUGUCAGGAAGACGAGGCUGUGGUGCGCAGCGUCAAAUAUUGAACAUAUGCUUCUCGUUGGUGCUGGUCGCGAUCCCCAAUCCCGACGUACACCUGAAGAACGUCGUGCUGACUUCACGGCGUCGUAUCUUACUUUGGAUCCGCGAGAUAUCCGCCUUGGACUUUCGAGACGGCUAUUCGACUUAGCGGACAUCGGUUCUAGCGUGUGUUGGGGACCCUCUCGUACAGAGCAAGAACAUGCCACCAAGGAAAUCAAUGAUCUCAUUGCUUCUUUUAACUGGCUGUACCGUCUCAUCACACCUCUACCAGUUGUCUUCCAGCUAGACGCAUUCUACUUCAGCAUGCUUGAGGUAUCCUAUCACGUUUACAAGAUGAAGACCUUAUACAGGAAUCUUUACGGGCUCAAGUCCGUUUUCGAUCGCCCCUACAAAGAGUGGUUACGACUAGAACUCAACGGACUACCUAUUGCCGCAGUAUGGGGACGAGAAAUGGUUGCUCUAUCUGAAGCAGCCAUCGUCUCCCUCUUAUCACGCCUCGACGUCGCCUCCCUUUCUACUGCGCCCGACCCCUACUUCCUCCUCAUCACCUACGCCGGAUUAACCCUGCUCAUCACGAAGAUAGCUGUGUAUCACAUAGGAUUCCCGUCGCUUGUUGGUCACGGAGACGCGCUACUGGACAUGACGAUAGAGAGACUACAACAAGCCGCCCUUUCGCCUGAUCAUAUGGCUGCACGGUGUGUUACAACGCUUCGGGAGGCUGUGGCUACCUGGGACAGAAAAAGGGAGGAAGGGCUUGCCGCGAAGCAGUGCGUGAAUGGCGCGUUUCAAGAUAAGCCAAUUGACUGUAGCGUGCCGGUGUCUGAGCAAGUAACGCAGGGAUCAGGACACGGAACAAGCUCGGAGCCUUUCUCUGCAAGUGAUCCCUUGGUUUCGAUGUUUGAACCAUUUUUUGGAGUCUCAUUGGUCGACGAGAUGGAUCCUGGCCUCUUCUUGGACCCUCAGUUUUGGAACUCUUUCAUGAAUAAUAGGACAGACUCCCCCGCAGAUCCCUGA